UGGUCCCUUCUGGCUGAGGCCCGGGGAAAGAAAGCGGAAGCCCUGGGAUCGACUGCAUCUUUUCUCUGACACGUGCAGCUUCAUUUUGAGAUCCCCGUUUUUGUAGUACUGAAAGACCAGAGUGCCGAUUGUCUGAUUGUUACUCAUACGUUUCUCUAGGUACGCCAUGGCUCAGCUCCAGACACGCUUCUUCACUGACAACAAGAAAUAUGCGGUAGAUGAUGUUCCCUUCUCCAUACCUGCAGCGUCUGAAAUUGCUGACCUUAGUAACAUCAUCAAUAAAUUGUUGGAGGCCAAAAAUGAGUUCCACAAACAUGUGGAGUUUGAUUUCCUCAUCAAGGGCCAGUUUCUACGAAUGCCCUUGUUCAAACACAUGGAACUGGAAAACAUCUCAUCAGAAGAAGUUGUGGAACUAGAGUACGUGGAGAAGUACACUGCCCCUCAGCCGGAACAAUGCAUGUUCCAUGAUGACUGGAUCAGUGCAAUCGAAGGGACAGAGGAAUGGAUCUUGACUGGUUCUUAUGAUAAGACUUCUCGGAUCUGGUCCUUGGAAGGAAAAUCAAUAAUGACAAUUGUGGGACAUACAGAUGUUGUAAAAGAUGUGGCCUGGGUGAAAAAAGACAAUUUGUCUUGUCUACUACUGAGUGCCUCUAUGGAUCAGACUAUUCUCUUAUGGGAGUGGAAUGUGGAAAGGAACAAGGUGAAGGCUCUGCACUGCUGCAGGGGUCAUGCUGGCAGUGUGGAUUCCAUAGCUGUGGACAGCACAGGAACCAAAUUUUGCAGUGGCUCCUGGGAUAAGAUGCUAAAGAUUUGGUCUACAGUUCCUACAGAUGAAGAAGAUGAAAUGGAAGAAUCCACAAAUCGACCAAGAAAGAAACAGAAAACAGAGCAGUUGGGACUAACAAGGACUCCCAUUGUGACCCUCUCUGGCCACAAGGAAGCCAUUUCCUCAGUUCUGUGGUCAGAUGCUGAAGAAAUCUGCAGUGCGUCUUGGGACCACACGAUUAAAGUAUGGGAUGUUGAGUCUGGCAGUCUAAAGUCAACUUUGACAGGAAAUAAAGUGUUUAAUUGUAUCUCCUAUUCUCCACUUUGUAAACGUUUAGCAUCUGGAAGUACAGAUAGGCAUAUCAGACUGUGGGAUCCCCGAACUAAAGAUGGUUCUUUGGUGUCACUGUCCCUAACCUCACACACAGGUUGGGUAACAUCAGUAAAGUGGUCUCCUACCCAUGAACAGCAGCUCAUUUCUGGUUCUUUAGAUAACAUGGUUAAGCUGUGGGAUACCAGAAGUUGUAAGGCUCCUCUCUAUGAUCUGGCUGCUCAUGAAGACAAAGUUCUGAGUGUAGACUGGACAGACUCAGGGUUACUUCUCAGUGGAGGAGCAGACAAUAAAUUGUAUUCCUACAGAUAUUCACCUACGACUUCCCAUGUGGGGGCAUGAAAGUGAAAGAUAAAUCUGACUACAGAGGUUCCUUCUGUAAACAAAAUCAAUAGAGAAUACUCAGCUAACACCAAGACAGAUACAGGAAGCAGCCUUUUAGAUUAAAGUUAAUAUACUGUUUCCCCCUUGAUGAUAGUGUUAUCACUGUCUUUUUAUUUUGUAUUUAUUAUACAACAGUUGUGUUUAUUAAAUAUAAAACAUGGCCUGCA